AUGCACACGGUUGCAGAAGGACACGACUUUCACCAAGAUCUUCGUCGGGGGUCUCCCCUACCACACCACCGACUCGUCCCUCCGGAAAUACUUCGAGGUCUUCGGGGGACAUCGACGAGGCCGUGGUCAUCACCGACAGGCAGACGGGCAAAUCUCGGGGUUACGGAUUUGUAACGAUGUCUGACCGGGGGCCGGCCGACCGAGCUUGUAAAGACCCAAAUCCUAUCAUUGAUGGGCGGAAGGCCAACGUUAACCUCGCCUACCUGGGAGCCAAACCACGCAACUCCAGAGUGGUUUUCACGAUCGGCGUUCAACAAUUACACCACGGCCUUCAUCCAGCGACCCAUUGGGCUGACCCCGCAGUACAUCUACCCGCCUGCCCUCAUCCAGCCCAGCGUGGUCAUCCCAACGCCUCUCCAGUCCCUGCCUUCUCCAUACAUUGAGUACAAUGCUGCUACACAAGGCUACACACAUUACACCACGGCGGCCUAUGAACAGUAUCCCUACGCAGCCUCGCCUGCUGCCGGUUACGUCGGCUACGGCUACACCGGCGCUGUCCAGCAACCCAUGUCCGCCACAGCCACCGGAGCGCCCCCUACCGCCUUCAUCCAGUACCAACCGACACAACUUCAACCCGACCGGAUGCAGUGA